AUGACUCUCGGAUUGCGCAAUCUGUGGUUUUUAUUGAAAUCAUAUUACAAUCAAGGGUAUAAUCUCAACCCAGUGAAGCCUGAGACCGAGUAUACUUUGAAUGGAGUAAAGAACUAUCGAAUAUGUCAUCUUUUAAAAAGACUUCUAAGCGAACCCGUGUUAUGCAUUUUGGCUGGGAUAAUAUGCGACGUGUAUGAAAUAAUUUCUGGUUAUUAUGAUGGACACCUGUAUCUUGGACCACAUAGCUAUCAACAUUUUACAAUCUAUAAUGCAAUACUACUUCAUGGUUUAGCUCAAAUUCUUCUUUCUUACAAAUUCCCGCAUUCAUCCAAAAAACUUUCUAGUUUAUUUUACAUGAUGCUGGAAUUUGCUAUACUUAUUUUGCUGACGUUUCAUCUGCACGGACGAACUGCAUUCGAUACACAUGUACAUAUUCUUUUGGUCCAAGCAAUAAUAUUCGCAGUUAUAUCAAACUUUGCAGAACUUAUUUCUGAUUAUAAUACAAUCUUCAGUUUGAUACACAACUUUUGGUACGUUUUAGUUGGUGCAUGGCUUUGUCAGAUUGGAUUCGACCUUUAUCCACCAUGGAGUUGGUUACCUAUGUGGGAUCAGGAUGAUACAAAAUCGAUCGUACAUACCUGUGGAACUCAUACACCUACAAAGUCAAUUCUUCGAUCAAGUUCUCGUGUUAAUUCAUUAGAGAGUAAAACUUUUAGUUCCGAUAAUGUAACUAGUAUGUCUCUAGUGAAUCUUCGAUCUUCACCACCAGAUGUCAGGCGUAGAUUUGAGUCAACCGAUCGAUCAUCCCAUUUAAAUGGUAGUGACCAGUCAGAUAGUGAAAAUGAUCAACAUUUAAAUCGUGGUCAUCGAAGUGUUUUAUUUCUUGAUCAAGUUGCAGCACCAGAUCGAUAUCGUACAUCAAGAGUCAUCGAUUUCGAUUCAGAACAAAGUAAUUAUUCCACGUUUAGUCAUAGAUCACCGCCAUUUUCUCGAACUAUCAGUCCAUCGUCAUCAUCAUCUUUGGCAUCUUAUCCAGCUAAUUAUGAACCAUCACCAUUGAUAAGGAAGAAGAAUUUCGAUGAUCCAGGUAUUGAGUUGGUCAGUUGUAGUCCACUUUCAUGUUCAUCAGGGAACAAUCAACAACAACAACACCAGCAUCAUCAUCAUCAUCAUAAUUUUAAAAUGCAUAAAUUUAAACCUUCCAUUAAACGUCUAUCGUAUUUGAAUGCAUUUAGUAAAAAACGUAAAGAUUUCAAAAGAGGUAAUCUUACAUUGAUAUUAGAUCAAGAAUUGGAUAGUAUUUGUGAUAACACUAGAAGUAACAUACAUAAUCACAAUGUUAAUGACCAUGAUUCUGAUGAUGAAGAGGAUGAAGAGGAUGAUGAUGACGACGAUGACUGUGAUAACAAUGAACAUAGAGAAAGUUUUAAACAAUUCAAUGAACAAAAUGUCUAUGAAGAGUUACCACGUUUAGAUACAUUGAAACUAUCAUCAAAUAAUUCAUAUUCAAAUGGUGUACGAGAUGUAUUGACUGCAUCAAAUUAUAAUGAUGAUUAUUUUCAUAAAAAUAUUCAACAAAAUAAAUUUAAUCAUACCGGAAAUAAUGUCAAUGACAGAAAAGUCACCACUGUCAAGAUUGAUCGUCAUCGAUCGGAUGUUCAACAAUCGGACUUUGUAUAUCAUCCUAAUAAUAAUCCAUUUAAAAUUCAUUCAAAGUAUGCCAAUGAUUUGAAAAACAAUUCGAUUUCAUAUCAUCCCACCAAUACUGAACAUACUCCAACUGGCAGUACAGAGACAUUGAUUGAUUCAACAAGAAAAUUGGCAUCGACUGCCAGUAUCAAUUAUUUGGAUGAACAAAACACCAGCAAACUGCCAAGUACAGGUUAUGUAAAAACAACGGUACAAUGUACAAAUUCUUAUCCUAAUCAAAUGAUUGAUACAAAUAAAACUAGUUGGAAAACAGUGUCAAUUGAUCAGUCACAAAAAUACAAUGCUAAUGAUAUGAAUAUUAACAACAGUAAUAAUAAUAAUUUGAAUAAUAGUUCUAACAAUGAGUAUAAGGUGAAUCCACGUAAUCCUCGAAUUAUUUAUAUAUCUAAAUCGAAUCCAGCUAGUAAUGAGAAUCAAAUUAAACUCUCGACUAAUCAGAAUAAGAUUGUUUCUGCUUCCCAAUUCACUCAUUCUAGUACAGUAGUGGAUGGUGGAGGCUAUUCACCGUAUGGCUAUGAAUCUGAUCAAACAAACAUGAACCAAUUCAAACAUACUAAUCAGAUUGUUUCACCAGUUCGUAAAACAAAUAUAGUUACUAUUCAAUAUGAAAAUAUUAAUAAUAAUAAUAAUGAUAAUCAGUCGAUCAAUAAACCAUAAUUCAUACUAUUGUUAAAGCCCUUUGUUUUUGUCAUUUCUGAAUACUUACUCCACAUACUGUUCAUUUGUUAACACAAGUUGACCAGUGUUAUUUUAAACAACUUAUAAUCUAGUAUAUAUAUAUAUCAUAUCAUAUCAUAUCAGAAUUUCUUGUAUUUUAAGUAUACUUUGUGCAUGAUGUAACUUACAGAUAAAGACAUUAUUUUAUAAAUAUUUCUAAGAAAAAAAAUAUUGUAUGCAUUCUGUAUUCAUGUUCAAUGAUCAAGUGUGAAUAGAUGUUUAAAUUGAAUAAUGAUUGGUCAGUUUUUUUUUUUUGCAUAUGCUAAUUCAUUUAAAUUCAUGAGGCAUUGAGCCAAUCACGAUCAACUAGUCUGUUUACUGCUUCCUAGAAUCAAUGGAAAUUUAUUGUCCAAUCAGAAAUCAACUACAAUAAUAUAUAAAAUAAACAAAACAGGAAUCAUGUCGAUUUGUUUAUUCAAAAUGUUUUUAUCAAUUUAAUUUUAUAUAUAUAUAUUGAAUAAUUUUGAUGAGUUUAAUUUGGACUUUGAAUAAUUUACAUGAACUAGAGAAAAUACAUAUUUGAAAUGAAAAAUAAACAAAUAACUUGUAAUAUAAUAGAUAUUUUAAUAUUUCAAACCCUUAUUCAAAAAUCUUGUUUAAUGAUAUUUAAUUGACAGAGGAAAUAAGCACAAGUACACACAGACAGGAAAUGCUCCAAUAGGUUAACAAUCAGUUCAAAGUGUAAUUAGAUGUCAAUUUUCAUUAUUAUUAUUAUUCAGUAAUUUCUCUUUCAGUCGUAUUUUAGUGCAAGUUACUUUUUUAAAAUAUACUAUUUUCAAUAAUAUAUUUACUUACCACCACCGUUCAUUUUUUUGUCGCGCUCAUUUAUUCCAUUUGAUAGAUAUACAUUUUUUGAAAUAAGAAAAAACAAAUUAACGAUUGAACUUUCAAUAUAUUCUCA